GUCCCGGAAGGAAGCAGCUCUGCGGCCGGGGUAGUUUGCGGAGAGCCCGCUGCACUAAGGGGCCUGUUGCCGGGGGUGGGUGUGUGUAAUGCGGCGGCAGGUGGCACGGUUGGCCCUGCUAUGCUUGGGGUUCGGCCUGUGCUCACUGCUGUACGCCUUCGCUCACCGGGAGAGCGGAGCGUCCGAGCCGGGGGAAGCGAACGUAGCACCGCCAGCUUGGAGAGCAGGACUCCGGGCAGACCCAGGGCCCCGGCAGCCGAGGUGUAAGGAUUUCUCUGGGUCUUUCUGGAAUCCGUAUUGGAUGCUGCCCACUGAUGUAUGUGGAAAGGACUGCUUUUGGGAAGCUGCUCUUAGAUUGCACGUUCCCACCGAAGAUGUUACCAACUCAAUGCAUUUGGCCGUCGUUGCGUGUGGCGAUCGAUUGGCAGAGACUGUUACGAUGCUGAAAUCUGCACUUCUUUUUAGUAAAAAAGCGCUUAACUUCCACAUUUUUGCAGAAGAUCAAUUGCACAAUGAUUUCAAAACUAUUCUUAAUAGUUGGACAUUUCCGAGCAAGUUCAAGUUUUCUCUGUACCCGAUUACCUUUCCUAAGGAGAAUGCUGCAGAGUGGAGGAAACUGUUUAAGCCUUGUGCAUCGCAAAGACUUUUCUUACCGCUGAUUCUCAAUGAAGUGGAUUCCCUUUUGUACGUUGACACAGACAUCCUUUUUUUGCGCCCAGUGGAUGACCUUUGGUCCUUUCUGAAUGAUUUUAAUGCCACACAGAUUGCUGCUAUGGCUCCGGAACAUGAAGAACCACGCAUUGGGUGGUAUAAUCGUUUUGCCAGGCACCCUUAUUAUGGAAAAACUGGCAUUAAUUCAGGUGUUAUGCUAAUGAAUAUGACUCGUAUAAGGAGGAAAUAUUUCAAGAAUGACAUGACAACCGCACUUUUACGUUGGGAAGAUAUACUUAUGCCAUUGCUUAAAAAAUAUAAGUUAAAUAUUACGUGGGGUGACCAAGAUCUGCUAAAUAUUAUAUUUUCCCAAAAUCCAGAAAGCCUUUUCAUAUUCCCCUGUCAAUGGAAUUAUCGUCCCGAUCAUUGUAUUUAUGGAAGCAAUUGCCGUGAAGCAGAGGAAGAUGGCAUCUUUGUUCUCCAUGGAAACAGAGGGGUGUACCAUGACAAUAAACAGCCAGCUUUCAGAGCUGUCUAUGAAGCAAUCCGAAAUUAUUCAUUUGAAGAUGAUCUGAUCCGCUCCUUAUUAUAUCCAUUAGAACUGGAACUGCAAAACACUAUUCACACCUACUGUGGCAGGAUACAUAAACUCUUCACUAAGCAGCUGACAAAGAGCAUUGAAGAUUUCUAUACAAGGAAAUCAAAUGGAAGGUGAUGCCUUCUGGAAUGCUUUAUAUGAUGUUAAUUAAAGAAAACUGCACAAAGGAACAUGGAUUGAAAUCAUCGUAUACUUGCAUUCGGAAGACACGCUACUCUGUGUAACAUUUUCUUCUGGGAUCUAAUGUGCCAGUACGUCGGAAAUGAAGAAACUCUUUGAAAAUGGCCUGCUGUGCUUCUAUAAUACCUGCAUUAUGAGCCAUUGUAGUUUAUAAAAGUGCCAGUGUUUU